AUGGCUGGAUUGGAAGGACUAGCGUCUCUGAUAUACCAUGAAAAGCAGCAACCAGGUUCGAUGCUUUGCGCCCAGCAUGCCUUGAACUCCCUGCUUCAGGGCAACUACUUUACAGCUCCAGAUCUCUCCGCGAUCGCUCACUCCCUAGACGAGCUAGAAGGAGCAUAUAACGAGGAUCGUCGCAGCCAAGAAAGCACCAACAUGGACGAUACAGGGUUCUUCUCCGUUCAGGUGCUGGAGAAUGCGUUGCAAGUAUGGGGUUUGAGUCUCGUAAGAUGGCGUAGCGAAGCCAUGCGACCCUACCACGAUCAACCACACAAGCAAUUGGCCUUCAUUCUCAAUCACCAACAGCAUUGGUACACGAUACGUCGCUUCGGACCCGCAUCUCCGAGGCUUGACGAGGAUCCUGGAAUUGGUCACUGGUUUAACCUGAAUUCCUCCCUUCCUGCUCCAGAAUGGGUAGGGAAGCUGUACCUCGGUAUGGUAUUACACCAGGCCGAAGACGAGGGUUAUUCGGUCUUUGCAGUUACGCAAAUAGAUCCGUCCGCUCCUCUUGCGCUUCCACGUACCGAAGCCGACGAUGUCGCAGCGACGCUCCCAGAGCCCACUUCUGCAAAUCUGACUCGGCAUGCAUUUCCGUCGCGAACCGCCUCGUCGGCUUCCACGUCAACGCCGCAGGCCGAUGUCGUGGAAGGCUUCGAAGACGAGGAUCUUGAGCUACAGCGGGCUCUGCAAGCCUCGCUUCUGGGUGGUACAGCGGAUGAGUUGAUGAUGCCCCCGCCGUCAUCGGUCCCUUCGACUGCCACCGGGACGCGGACGCCCACUCAAGGAUCGAGCGACCUGGCGUCCAGGCUCCGCGAGACUGGACCCAGCGGCAUGAACGAAGACGUGAUCGCGGCGAGCAUGGCGCGGAAUCGGGCUACGUUCGAGAUGAUGAGGCGGCAGCAGGAGGCGGCUCUGCGAGACAGCUACGACGAGGAAAUCGCGCGCUACGAGGCGAUAGCGUCGACGUCGAGGCAGCCCACGCGGGGGGCAAACACGCUCGAAGAGGAGCAGGAGAUGAUUCGAAGGGCGAUCGAGCAAUCUAGGAGAACGGGGGACGACGAUGAUGGUGACGACGACAUGCACGAUCCUGAUUACGUGCCCCCGGAAAUUGCGGGUACGUCCGCGGAGCCCAUUCAUCCCGCCCUGGACACCACGAGACGCGGCCCGGAGUCGUAUCGCAACUAUGAUGACGAAGACGAAGAGCUGCAGGCCGCGCUUCGGGCGUCCCUGGAAACCCUGCCGGAAGGGUUCAGGGUGCCCAGUCCUCCACCGCGAGCGGCUGUACCUGCACCUCAGCCUCCCGCCAUGUCCGUUCCGACCACGGCAGAGCCUGCUCGGCCCGGGAUCUCGAGGUCGGCAUCCAAGGAGUCAGACGUGGAGUCUGAGAUCAGCUCUGAUUUCGAUUCUACGACGCCGGCUGAAUCCGAAGCGGCGGCUGCCGUCGCCGUCGAUCAUGAUGAGAUGAGGAGGAAGCGGCUUGCGAGGUUCGGUGGUUGAUUCCGGUGUAAAUGAGUGUACGAUGGAACGCAGAUGCACAAUGUACGCUUUGACUGCC